UCAGGAAGUAACGCCAAAUAUCGCUACCAGUUAAACUAUCAAGCUGUUAUUAUCAUAUUGGGUAAUUUAUGUACCUUCUGCUCCCACUGUUCUUUCGUUGAAUCUGAGAUUUGUUUGUGUACCGAAGAAAGAAGAUGAGCAAGAUAGGUGAUGACAGACAGCCUGUGUCUUCUAUAGUCAAACCUCCGGUAUAUUUUCAAAUUGGAGCAUCCAAAGCUGGUGUUUGCGUGGUUGAUGUCAGCCUGCCCUUUGAAAAACCUGUCAAUAUUGAGGAAAUCACCUUUAAAAACUACUACACUGCUUACAUUACUGUGCGUCUGUUGAGGACGACUUCAGGGCAGAAUGGCCCAACUAAAUGGUGCACCGCUUUACGAGACCUGCUCCUGAUGGACAACCCCCACACCGAGACGGGGUCCCAAGACUACUUCUCCAUCCACAGGAAGCAGAUGCUGGUGGAGGCAGAUCAUGUUGUGUCGGUGAGGCUGAUCCUAAGACAGCCGUCCUCCGGUUGGCUCAACUUCAGCCUGGAAGAGAUCAAAAUAUUCCCGCAAGUGGAGCCGGAGCCAGAGAAGGAGGUCUCUGAUUUGCUGUCUGAUCUUACUCUUGUUGAUCAACACCCUGAUGUAGAGGGCCUCCUAGACCCUCAGACUGUUUCCUCCAGCAUCCAGCAGAUGUGGGCUUUGACUGAAGUGAUGCAGACCAACCAAACCACAGCCACCAUUGGGCGUUUUGAUGUUGAUGGAUGCUAUGACAUAGACUUACUGUCCCUGGAUUAAUGUGAGACAGAAGAUCAGAGUUACAGCAUGAAGAUGGAGAACAUCAGGAAAAAAGAUUGUUGAGCUCACAUUCACAUUAUAUGAUGAUAAAAGUAUGCAUAUAAGUGUUCCAGGUUAGUGCAUCAAACUUUAACCAACCAGUAUCACCCCCACUCCUCAGACUGCAGUUUCAAUCAGAUUAAAACUGAACUCAGACUAAAGUUUAAAUCUGAUUCAGAUUUUAUUCAUAUAUUAUAAUAUGUAAAUAAUUCAGAAAUCUAAAAUGAAAGUAGACUGUAUAAAAUAUUUGAUGCUAAAACUGAAGAGGGUAAAGCCAGUUUUCACAGUUAACUUUUAGAAUUUUUAUUUCUGAUCACUCAAAUGAAUCAAAAUGGGGUUCACUGCUUAUUUCCUCUAAGGAAAAUAUUGAGUUUGACAGAUUGACAACAACCAGGAGCCAUCAGUGGUUAUUAGGCUACUGUGAAAGUGCUGCAGACGAGACGUCCCAGUUAACAGGUUAACUGAAAAUAUUUCUGCACAUAUUCUUUGUGACACGUGUUAAUGAACACACCUUUAUAUGUUUAGGGUUAUAUAAUGAAGGCUUCAGCCUUUUGUGAAACCUGCAUUUUUUGUAUUUCUUUUUCUGUAUAUUUUUGUUGUUUGGAAAAUGCAUUUAAUUUGUC